GCAUCAUCGCAUAAAGCUCCGGUGGCCAACGACCGUUGCUGUCCCGUGCAGCACGCUCCUGCUUUUGAACGACCGUUGCAGUUGCAGGUGAAAUUCCGAUAUAAUUUUCGAGGCGCUGGUCUUGGGACGAACUCGAAUAUCACCUCCACCCCCGGCCAGGAAGCUCACCCAAGAUGCCGGGCUCGUCGCGGAUGCCCAUCAGCCUGCGGGAUGGCCUCAGCAGCGUCAAGAAAUCCCGCCACGGCAACCCCAUACAAUUCCUCAACAUUGAGCUGCUCAAGAACAUAAUAUUCUUCUACUUCCUUCUGCGAUGGACGCGGCGGUCCUUCUGGAAACUGAAGGGGCGCGGGCUGGUUGGCACACUGGUGGAGCUGUACACAGACGCGCGGCGCAUCGCCUACGGCUGGUUCCUCCAGGCGCCCGGGGUACGCACAAAGGUCAAGGCGCAGGUGGACGAGGCAAAGGCCAACCUGCAGAAGAAGCUCGUCAAGGCCAACGAGACGCGGUACCUGUCGUUACCCAAGAAGGGCUGGAGCGACGACGACCUGCGCGCCGAGCUCGCGCGGCUGGCGGACCUGGACCACACGCGGUGGGAGGACGGCUUCGUCAGCGGCGCCGUCUACCACGGUGAGGACUCGUUGCUCAAGUUGCAGACCGAGGCGUACGGCAAAUUUACUGUCGCGAACCCCAUCCACCCGGAUGUGUUCCCCGCCGUGAGGAAGAUGGAGGCCGAGGUGGUGGCCAUGGUGCUGUCACUUUUCAAUGCGCCGCCGUCUGCCGCCGGUGUCUCGACGUCCGGGGGUACAGAGAGUAUCCUGAUGGCGUGUCUGAGUGCCAGGCAGAAGGCAUAUGUAGAGAGGGGUGUGACAGAGCCAGAGAUGAUCCUUCCUGAUACGGCGCACACGGCCUUCCGCAAGGCGUGCGAGUACUUUGGCAUCAAGAUGCAGCUGGUAGCAUGCCCAGCGCCGAGCUACCAGGUGGACACAAAGAGGGUUUCGCGGCUGAUCAACGCCAACACGAUCUUGCUGGUGGGCAGCGCGCCCAACUUCCCGCACGGCAUCAUGGACGACAUCGCGGCGCUGUCCAAGAUCGCGCUGCGGCGCAAGAUCCCGCUGCACGUGGACUGCUGCCUGGGUUCCUUCCUGGUGCCGUUCCUGGACAAGGCCGGCUUCGAGACGCAGCCCUUCGACUUCCGGCUGCGCGGGGUGACGUCCAUCAGCUGCGACACGCACAAGUACGGCUUCGCGCCCAAGGGCAACAGCACCACGCUGUACCGCACGGCGGAGCUGCGGGCCUACCAGUACUUUGUGAUCCCGGAUUGGUCGGGCGGUGUGUACGCGUCGCCCGGGUUCGCGGGCUCGCGGCCGGGGGCGCUGAUCGCAGGGUGCUGGACCAGCCUGAUGAGCGUGGGCGAGGAGGGCUACCUGGACGCGUGCGUGCGCAUCGUCGGCACGACCAAGCGCAUCAUCGAGCGCAUCCGCGACUCGCCCGUGCUGGCGGCCGAGCUCGAGGUGAUGGGUAAGCCCCUGGUGUCGGUGGUGGCGUUCACGGCGCGCAACCUCAACAUCUACGACAUCGCCGACGCCAUGUCGCAUCGCGGCUGGCACCUCAACUCGCUGCAGGACCCGCCCGCCAUGCACGUCGCCGUCACCAUGCCCAUCACCAAGGUCUGGGAGAAGCUGACAGACGACCUCGAGGCGGUCAUUGAGGACGAGCGCGAGAAGGAGCGCGUGCGUAUUGCACAGGGCAAGGGCGCGAGGGGCAAGGCCAUGGGUGACUCGGCUGCGCUUUAUGGUGUCGCCGGAAGUCUGCCCAACAAGGGCGUCGUGGUCCAGCUGGCAAGCGGAUUCCUGGACACCCUGUAUAAGGCAUGAGGCCCCCAUGAUAUUCCAUUGAGGUAUGUGAGGAUGACAUGGGCGGCAAGAGCAGGGAAGGCGAGGAGGCUCAGCUGUUGUUGUUAUUGUUGUGGGAGACAGACACGGUUUGGAGCUAUCAAGCAUUUUGGGAGGGCUUCAUCUUAAGCAGGGGACAUCAGCAUGGCACAACAUGGACACUGUCGUUCUUAGAAGGGUAUCCCUUGGGGUACAGCUAUACUCACAUACAUAUAUACUGAGGACGGCGAAGUGGUCGAGGCUGGGCUGGAGCAUCUUUCGGUUCUGCCCACGCCCACGCCCACCCACACCCAUCCACAUAGUACUACGCUUUUACGUUUAUGACGACAAAGAAAGAAACCAUACAAAUCA